AUGCCACCCAAAAUUGAAGCAGAUGCACUCAUCUCGCUCUGGUUCAGAACACCACAUCCUUACAAGGCAAUAAUCCAUGCCCCUCAAUUUCAGCACGAAUACCGACAGUUCUGGCGGUCACCAACCAGCGCACCAGUGAUGUGGUUGGGCGUUCUGUAUGGAAUGUUCGGCAUGGCAAGUCUGUUCAAGAUUCGUGCUCUGAGAAAUCCUAACACUCCAGAAGUACGUGCCACGAUUAGGAACGCAGAUCUCUACCAAGAACUAGCGGCAUCGGCGGCUGUAUUGGGAAACUAUAUGAAGCCAAAAACGUAUACGUUGGAAUGCUUAAUACUCCAUGCUGGAGGUAGCAUGAAUAACAGUCAUAAUGACGGCUGGCUCCUAAUGGGCAUCAUCUUUAGAUUAGCUCUGCGUAUGGGUUAUCACCGAGAUCCCAGUCACUACAGCAACAUAUCAGUACUCGCAGGAGAGAUGCGACGAAGGGUUUGGUAUUUGCUAUACAUGUUCGACACCCUUGGUUCUUUCCAGCUCGGUCUACCUGCUAUGCUGCGUGCGGUGCAGAGUGACACGAAACCUCCGUACAAUCUCUUCGACCAAGACUUCUCCAUACACAGCGAGACUUUGCCACCACAAAGGCCGAUCGAACAACUCACUCCGUCUGCAUAUGGCGCCAGCAAGACAAGAUUGGUCCAGGUUUUCGCUUUGGCAGCGGAUAUGUCACACGCAACAAUACCACCGUCUUAUGCUGAAGUCAUGGAACUGGAUGCAAAGUUAGAGGCCACAAAAGCGUCCAUACCACCAGGACUACGAUUCAGAGAUCUGGAGCUGUGUCUGACAGAAGACCCGGAGUCUUUGAUGUGUCGUUUUGGUCUUGAUUUGACCUAUCUCAAGGCCAAAACAGUUCUCCACCGUCGUUUCAUGGUGGCAUCAGCAUCUCAAGCUGCGGUGACUUAUUCUCGAAACUCUUGUAUUUCCUCAGCGAUGAGAACACUCGAGCAUCACCGAACAGUCUAUCGGGCAUCCCGACCUGGCGGACAACUCGAGAGUGUCUCGUGGUACAUGUGCUUCAUGGGUACAUACGACUUUUUGUUGGCAAGUAUAAUAAUUUGCCUCGAGCUCGCCCGCCAACUCAACGAACAACCCGACCCGGAAACCGACAAGAUCGCUACACGCGAGGACAUGAUAACAGCGCUUGAGGCAUCGAAAAAGUUUGGGAGGAAGCGGGGAGGACGAUCUCGGAUCAGACAGACCAGGCCAGACGAUCGAAAAUGCCGCCGUGGCAGAGAUCAGAAAGGCAUGCAAAGCAAUGACGAUCAUGCUGGAGAAGAUACGGAUGGACAAGGGCACAGAUAUUGCAGUUCCGGUUCUGCAAGCAACAGAUUUUACACAGACACAGGUUCCCGAAGAGUUGAAGACAACGUUGUUCGUCCUACCUGCGAACAGUGA